AGAGGGGGUGAAAUCACCGCAAGCUUUGAGCAUCUUCUUUCUUUGUCAUUUGCCGGUUAUUCUACUGUCUGCAUUCUGUCUACAUUGGGAAUUUAGUUGGAGGGGACGGUCUUAGUUUUUGUAUAAAUUGGAGGAGCAGAUUCCUUGUUGGCCUCAGAGAGAAGUGCUGCACUUCGGGCUUCCUUCCUAAAAGAGUUUCCUAGAUGUUCUCCAAAGCCAAGAUGAGAGUCUUCUUCAGCCUGAUCGUCCUCUCUUUCAUGCUGGCUAAAUGUCACGGAGCAUGCAUGUCGGAGCCCUUUAAACCUCAGUUUAUAAAUGGGAAAGAGGUGUGGCCAACCAAUUGUGUGGAUCCAUUUGAUGGCAAAAAGCAUCCCAUUGGGUCCAAAUGGAAUACAGAUGAUUGUAUGAGUUGCAAUUGUCUCAAAGACGGAUUAACAUGCUGUCACAGGUAUGGUGGUAUUGCCGUAAUAGAAGGAUGUAAAACAGUGAUCAAUCCAGAAACAUGUAAACAUGAAUUCUAUAGACUUGAUGACCCAUCGAAGCGAUGUGAUGUCUGAUCUCUCCACAUGGAGGAGCUGGAAUAAAUCUCUUAUGUAUACAUGAAGCUGAAUAAAUCUCUCCUCAGCGUC